AUGAUUUUAUUGAAAUUUUAUUACUAUAUAACACUACUACAAUUAAAUUAUAUUAAUGGACAAUUGAAUGAAUGUGAUAAUUUACAAGAGAAACAAAUAAUUUCAAAUAUUAUUUAUGAUACAAAUGAAAUUAAUCCUAUUGAUAAUAACAAUCCAUUAGAAGAGGAUAUUGUGAAUAUAAAAGAAAUGGAAUGGAAUAAUCAAAAAUCAAUAACUCGUAGUUGGCCAUUAGAUGUAAUGAAUAAUGAUGAAUGUCAUCAGAUGACAAUAAAUUCUAAUGUAAAUAAUCCAUGCCAAGAAUUAAAACAAAAUCAGAAGAAAAAUGAAAAGGAUAUAAAAUGUAAUGAAGGAGCAUAUAAAGAAAUGAACAAAAUCAGAUCAAAUCAAAAUAACAUAAUGAAAAAUAAAGAAAAAUCCAAUAGAAUAUAUGGAAAUCAGUUUGAUGAAUUCAGCCAAACAGAGUGUAAUCAGAUAAAAAAUGUAAAAAAAUACGACAUAGAACACCUAAAUUGGAAGAUGAGAAAUGAAGAAUACGAUAUAAACGAUGAAGAAAACACGAUGAUUAUUUAUGAAAAUAUAUGGGAAAAAAGAGAAAACAUAAGCGAAAACGAGAUAACAAACAAAAUUAACGAAAAUGAAAUUAAAACCACUCAAACACCACUCAUUACAACACAAUACGUCCAACCAUCAUCAACAUUACAACCAGUUCCAAUUGUCACGUCCAACAAAUCAAGCGACGCUGAAUAUAGCAUUAAUGGAAUAUUGACGAACACUGAAUCUUCAAUCUAUACAACAAAAUACGUCCAACCAUCAUCAACAUUACAACCAGUUCCAGUUGUCACUGCAGUCCCACCAGUCUACAAUCAGUCCACCACACAAUCCACAUCGACCACCACUCAAACACCACUCAUUACAACACAAUACGUCCAACCAUCAUCAACAUUACAACCAGUUCCAAUUGUCACGUCCAACAAAUCAAGCGACGCUGAAUAUAGCAUUAAUGGAAUAUUGACGAACACUGAAUCUUCAAUCUAUACAACAAAAUACGUCCAACCAUCAUCAACAUUACAACCAGUUCCAGUUGUCACUGCAGUCCCACCAGUCUACAAUCAGUCCACCACACAAUCCACAUCGACCACCACUCAAACACCACUCAUUACAACACAAUACGUCCAACCAUCAUCAACAUUACAACCAGUUCCAAUUGUCACGUCCAACAAAUCAAGCGACGCUGAAUAUAGCAUUAAUGGAAUAUUGACGAACACUGAAUCUUCAAACUAUACAACAAAAUACGUCCAACCAUCAUCAACAUUACAACCAGUUCCAGUUGUCACUGCAGUCCCACCAGUCUACAAUCAGUCCACCACACAAUCCACAUCGACCACCACUCAAACACCACUCAUUACAACACAAUACGUCCAACCAUCAUCAACAUUACAACCAGUUCCAAUUGUCACGUCCAACAAAUCAAGCGACGCUGAAUAUAGCAUUAAUGGAAUAUUGACGAACACUGAAUCUUCAUUCUAUACAACAAAAUACGUCCAACCAUCAUCAACAUUACAACCAGUUCCAGUUGUCACUGCAGUCCCACCAGUCUACAAUCAGUCCACCACACAAUCCACAUCGACCACCACUCAAACACCACUCAUUACAACACAAUACGUUCAACCAUCAUCAACAUUACAACCAGUUCCAAUUGUCACGUCCAACAAAUCAAGCGACGCUGAAUAUAGCAUUAAUGGAAUAUUGACGAACACUGAAUCUUCAAUCUAUACAACAAAAUACGUCCAACCAUCAUCAACAUUACAACCAGUUCCAGUUGUCACUGCAGUCCCACCAGUCUACAAUCAGUCCACCACACAAUCCACAUCGACCACCACUCAAACACCACUCAUUACAACACAAUACGUCCAACCAUCAUCAACAUUACAACCAGUUCCAAUUGUCACGUCCAACAAAUCAAGCGACGCUGAAUAUAGCAUUAAUGGAAUAUUGACGAACACUGAAUCUUCAAUCUAUACAACAAAAUACGUCCAACCAUCAUCAACAUUACAACCAGUUCCAGUUGUCACUGCAGUCCCACCAGUCUACAAUCAGUCCACCACACAAUCCACAUCGACCACCACUCAAACACCACUCAUUACAACACAAUACGUCCAACCAUCAUCAACAUUACAACCAGUUCCAAUUGUCACGUCCAACAAAUCAAGCGACGCUGAAUAUAGCAUUAAUGGAAUAUUGACGAACACUGAAUCUUCAAUCUAUACAACAAAAUACGUCCAACCAUCAUCAACAUUACAACCAGUUCCAAUUGUCACUGCAGUCCCACCAGUCUACAAUCAGUCCACCACACAAUCCACAUCGACCACCACUCAAACACCACUCAUUACAACACAAUACGUCCAACCAUCAUCAACAUUACAACCAGUUCCAAUUGUCACGUCCAACAAAUCAAGCGACGCUGAAUAUAGCAUUAAUGGAAUAUUGACGAACACUGAAUCUUCAAUCUAUACAACAAAAUACGUCCAACCAUCAUCAACAUUACAACCAGUUCCAGUUGUCACUGCAGUCCCACCAGUCUACAAUCAGUCCACCACACAAUCCACAUCGACCACCACUCAAACACCACUCAUUACAACACAAUACGUCCAACCAUCAUCAACAUUACAACCAGUUCCAAUUGUCACGUCCAACAAAUCAAGCGACGCUGAAUAUAGCAUUAAUGGAAUAUUGACGAACACUGAAUCUUCAAUCUAUACAACAAAAUACGUCCAACCAUCAUCAACAUUACAACCAGUUCCAGUUGUCACUGCAGUCCCACCAGUCUACAAUCAGUCCACCACACAAUCCACAUCGACCACCACUCAAACACCACUCAUUACAACACAAUACGUCCAACCAUCAUCAACAUUACAACCAGUUCCAAUUGUCACGUCCAACAAAUCAAGCGACGCUGAAUAUAGCAUUAAUGGAAUAUUGACGAACACUGAAUCUUCAAUCUAUACAACAAAAUACGUCCAACCAUCAUCAACAUUACAACCAGUUCCAGUUGUCACUGCAGUCACACCAGUCUACAAUCAGUCCACCACACAAUCCACAUCGACCACCACUCAAACACCACUCAUUACAACACAAUACGUCCAACCAUCAUCAACAUUACAACCAGUUCCAAUUGUCACGUCCAACAAAUCAAGCGACGCUGAAUAUAGCAUUAAUGGAAUAUUGACGAACACUGAAUCUUCAAUCUAUACAACAAAAUACGUCCAACCAUCAUCAACAUUACAACCAGUUCCAGUUGUCACUGCAGUCCCACCAGUCUACAAUCAGUCCACCACACAAUCCACAUCGACCACCACUCAAACACCACUCAUUACAACACAAUACGUCCAACCAUCAUCAACAUUACAACCAGUUCCAAUUGUCACGUCCAACAAAUCAAGCGACGCUGAAUAUAGCAUUAAUGGAAUAUUGACGAACACUGAAUCUUCAAUCUAUACAACAAAAUACGUCCAACCAUCAUCAACAUUACAACCAGUUCCAGUUGUCACUGCAGUCCCACCAGUCUACAAUCAGUCCACCACACAAUCCACAUCGACCACCACUCAAACACCACUCAUUACAACACAAUACGUCCAACCAUCAUCAACAUUACAACCAGUUCCAAUUGUCACGUCCAACAAAUCAAGCGACGCUGAAUAUAGCAUUAAUGGAAUAUUGACGAACACUGAAUCUUCAAUCUAUACAACAAAAUACGUCCAACCAUCAUCAACAUUACAACCAGUUCCAGUUGUCACUGCAGUCCCACCAGUCUACAAUCAGUCCACCACACAAUCCACAUCGACCACCACUCAAACACCACUCAUUACAACACAAUACGUCCAACCAUCAUCAACAUUACAACCAGUUCCAAUUGUCACGUCCAACAAAUCAAGCGACGCUGAAUAUAGCAUUAAUGGAAUAUUGACGAACACUGAAUCUUCAAUCUAUACAACAAAAUACGUCCAACCAUCAUCAACAUUACAACCAGUUCCAGUUGUCACUGCAGUCACACCAGUCUACAAUCAGUCCACCACACAAUCCACAUCGACCACCACUCAAACACCACUCAUUACAACACAAUACGUCCAACCAUCAUCAACAUUACAACCAGUUCCAAUUGUCACGUCCAACAAAUCAAGCGACGCUGAAUAUAGCAUUAAUGGAAUAUUGACGAACACUGAAUCUUCAAUCUAUACAACAAAAUACGUCCAACCAUCAUCAACAUUACAACCAGUUCCAGUUGUCACUGCAGUCCCACCAGUCUACAAUCAGUCCACCACACAAUCCACAUCGACCACCACUCAAACACCACUCAUUACAACACAAUACGUCCAACCAUCAUCAACAUUACAACCAGUUCCAAUUGUCACGUCCAACAAAUCAAGCGACGCUGAAUAUAGCAUUAAUGGAAUAUUGACGAACACUGAAUCUUCAAUCUAUACAACAAAAUACGUCCAACCAUCAUCAACAUUACAACCAGUUCCAGUUGUCACUGCAGUCCCACCAGUCUACAAUCAGUCCACCACACAAUCCACAUCGACCACCACUCAAACACCACUCAUUACAACACAAUACGUCCAACCAUCAUCAACAUUACAACCAGUUCCAAUUGUCACGUCCAACAAAUCAAGCGACGCUGAAUAUAGCAUUAAUGGAAUAUUGACGAACACUGAAUCUUCAAUCUAUACAACAAAAUACGUCCAACCAUCAUCAACAUUACAACCAGUUCCAGAUGUCACUGCAGUCACACCAGUCUACAAUCAGUCCACCACACAAUCCACAUCGACCACCACUCAAACACCACUCAUUACAACACAAUACGUCCAACCAUCAUCAACAUUACAACCAGUUCCAAUUGUCACGUCCAACAAAUCAAGCGACGCUGAAUAUAGCAUUAAUGGAAUAUUGACGAACACUGAAUCUUCAAUCUAUACAACAAAAUACGUCCAACCAUCAUCAACAUUACAACCAGUUCCAGAUGUCACUUCAGUCACACCAUUCUACAAUCAGUCCACCACACAAUCCACAUCGACCACCACUCAAACACCACUCAUUACAACACAAUACGUCCAACCAUCAUCAACAUUACAACCAGUUCCAAUUGUCACGUCCAACAAAUCAAGCGACGCUGAAUAUAGCAUUAAUGGAAUAUUGACGAACACUGAAUCUUCAAUCUAUACAACAAAAUACGUCCAACCAUCAUCAACAUUACAACCAGUUCCAGUUGUCACUGCAGUCCCACCAGUCUACAAUCAGUCCACCACACAAUCCACAUCGACCACCACUCAAACACCACUCAUUACAACACAAUACGUCCAACCAUCAUCAACAUUACAACCAGUUCCAAUUGUCACGUCCAACAAAUCAAGCGACGCUGAAUAUAGCAUUAAUGGAAUAUUGACGAACACUGAAUCUUCAAUCUAUACAACAAAAUACGUCCAACCAUCAUCAACAUUACAACCAGUUCCAGUUGUCACUGCAGUCCCACCAGUCUACAAUCAGUCCACCACACAAUCCACAUCGACCACCACUCAAACACCACUCAUUACAACACAAUACGUCCAACCAUCAUCAACAUUACAACCAGUUCCAGUUGUCACGUCCAACAAAUCAAGCGACGCUGAAUAUAGCAUUAAUGGAAUAUUGACGAACACUGAAUCUUCAAUCUAUACAACAAAAUACGUCCAACCAUCAUCAACAUUACAACCAGUUCCAGUUGUCACUGCAGUCCCACCAGUCUACAAUCAGUCCACCACACAAUCCACAUCGACCACCACUCAAACACCACUCAUUACAACACAAUACGUCCAACCAUCAUCAACAUUACAACCAGUUCCAAUUGUCACGUCCAACAAAUCAAGCGACGCUGAAUAUAGCAUUAAUGGAAUAUUGACGAACACUGAAUCUUCAAUCUAUACAACAAAAUACGUCCAACCAUCAUCAACAUUACAACCAGUUCCAGUUGUCACUGCAGUCCCACCAGUCUACAAUCAGUCCACCACACAAUCCACAUCGACCACCACUCAAACACCACUCAUUACAACACAAUACGUCCAACCAUCAUCAACAUUACAACCAGUUCCAAUUGUCACGUCCAACAAAUCAAGCGACGCUGAAUAUAGCAUUAAUGGAAUAUUGACGAACACUGAAUCUUCAAUCUAUACAACAAAAUACGUCCAACCAUCAUCAACAUUACAACCAGUUCCAGUUGUCACUGCAGUCCCACCAGUCUACAAUCAGUCCACCACACAAUCCACAUCGACCACCACUCAAACACCACUCAUUACAACACAAUACGUCCAACCAUCAUCAACAUUACAACCAGUUCCAAUUGUCACGUCCAACAAAUCAAGCGACGCUGAAUAUAGCAUUAAUGGAAUAUUGACGAACACUGAAUCUUCAAUCUAUACAACAAAAUACGUCCAACCAUCAUCAACAUUACAACCAGUUCCAGUUGUCACUGCAGUCACACCAGUCUACAAUCAGUCCACCACACAAUCCACAUCGACCACCACUCAAACACCACUCAUUACAACACAAUACGUCCAACCAUCAUCAACAUUACAACCAGUUCCAAUUGUCACGUCCAACAAAUCAAGCGACGCUGAAUAUAGCAUUAAUGGAAUAUUGACGAACACUGAAUCUUCAAUCUAUACAACAAAAUACGUCCAACCAUCAUCAACAUUACAACCAGUUCCAGUUGUCACUGCAGUCCCACCAGUCUACAAUCAGUCCACCACACAAUCCACAUCGACCACCACUCAAACACCACUCAUUACAACACAAUACGUCCAACCAUCAUCAACAUUACAACCAGUUCCAAUUGUCACGUCCAACAAAUCAAGCGACGCUGAAUAUAGCAUUAAUGGAAUAUUGACGAACACUGAAUCUUCAAUCUAUACAACAAAAUACGUCCAACCAUCAUCAACAUUACAACCAGUUCCAGUUGUCACUUCAGUCACACCAGUCUACAAUCAGUCCAACACACAAUCCACAUCGACCACCACUCAAACACCACUCAUUACAACACAAUACGUCCAACCAUCAUCAACAUUACAACCAGUUCCAAUUGUCACGUCCAACAAAUCAAGCGACGCUGAAUAUAGCAUUAAUGGAAUAUUGACGAACACUGAAUCUUCAAUCUAUACAACAAAAUACGUCCAACCAUCAUCAACAUUACAACCAGUUCCAGUUGUCACUGCAGUCCCACCAGUCUACAAUCAGUCCACCACACAAUCCACAUCGACCACCACUCAAACACCACUCAUUACAACACAAUACGUCCAACCAUCAUCAACAUUACAACCAGUUCCAAUUGUCACGUCCAACAAAUCAAGCGACGCUGAAUAUAGCAUUAAUGGAAUAUUGACGAACACUCAAUCUUCAAUCUAUACAACAAAAUACGUCCAACCAUCAUCAACAUUACAACCAGUUCCAGUUGUCACUGCAGUCCCACCAGUCUACAAUCAGUCCACCACACAAUCCACAUCGACCACCACUCAAACACCACUCAUUACAACACAAUACGUCCAACCAUCAUCAACAUUACCACCAGUUCCAAUGCUUACUACAAUCGCACUCAGCUCCAUUCAACCUACGUCCAAUAAUUUUUCUUCUGUUUUUUAUUCAGAUGAUGCGUAUUCUUAUGAUUCAUCUCUGGAUGUUGUUUCAUCAAAUGAUGAUCUUUUUAUUGUUAGUAAUGUGACUGAUUCUCCUUUGCUUACUCCUGAUAUUGAUUUUCCUAAUUUCAACUAUGAUACUUUAAGUAAUCCCUUUUCUUUUGAUUCUCAUUUUGAUUCUUAUUCUUUUCCUGGAGAACCUGUUGUUGACAAUUCAUAUGAUGAUAAUUACAACAAUUGUCAUCCUGUUCACGAGAAUGACUGUCAUUCAUUGGAGAAUUAUAUACCUUUCUAUGAUUAUAACAAAGUAAUAAUAUUGAGAUUAUUUAAAUGUUGUCAACAUUUUUAUUCGUGUCAUAUCAAUAUUUUAAUGAAACAAUUAUGUGAUCAAUAUUUUCAAUAUUAA